AUGGCCUCCCAAACAGAAGUCACAGAGCCGCCAUCUUGGGGUCGGGUGCUCAUCGCUGGCGGGACCGAUUGGCCGAAUCUGGGCAGAAAGGGGCUUAAGCCUACGGAUGAGAGACCUGACCUCAGUGCGCCACACAUUUUACGGGCCGUCUCAAACAUUCGCAUGAAGCGGGUCUUUUCCUCGCACUCUUCCUGCCACGCGUUCUUCUUGUCGGUAUCGGGCGAUGUCUGGGUGAUUGGGCGGAACGAAAAGGGUCAAUGCGGCCUGCCGAGUUCUACAGUCAGCAUCGAUGCGCCCACCCGACUGGAUCGGAGCAAGCAUUUCGCUCCUUCACUGCCGGCCGGAGCUCAGGGUGACAUUGUUUGGGCAGCCACUGGCAGAAAUCACUCCCUCAUCGUCACUCGAGCCGGCACCCUGUACUCUGCUGGCGGUAAUGCGAUGGGCCAGUGUGGUCACGCGAUUGGGGAUGUGAAUGGCUUCAAACGCGUGACUGGUGGCCAGUAUGAGAAGGAAAAGGAUCCGUUGGUCAGAGCCUCGGCAGGCCUUACCUUUUCAAUUCUCCUCACAGAGUCCGGCAAAGUCUACGCACUCGGCUCCACAGAGAAAGGCCAGCUGGGCAACGGCAGAACAGGGGAGCAUUUCAUAUCGGGCAACAAAUUGGCUUUCCAGACCUUUACCGAUCCGCUCCCUGUCAGAGGAGUGCUCGCAGACAAGAAGAUCGUCGAUGUCCAAUGCGGGCAGCAGCACUCCUUAGCCCUCGAUGCGGACGGCUACGUCUACGUGUGGGGCUUUGGCGGCUACGGAAGGCUUGGUUUGGGCAUGCAGGCCGAUCAAUUGUCACCAACCUUGGUGCCACAAUUUGCCAGGGACAAUGCGGUACUGCGAGCCAAAGCGAUCUAUGCAGGACCAUCGUGCAGUGCGAUCCUCGAUAGACAACACAUGUACUAUCUCGCUGGCAAGUGGAAGACUUCGGGCGAAGGUGGUGCAGGUCAAGGCUACAUGACUUACAAAUACUUUCACGAGCUCAUGGGUGUGCAUUGUCUCAACGUUGCUCUUGGAGGUGUCACGCUACUUGUCACCGCAUAUGAGCCUGAUGCUGGUAUGCGCGCAGACUGCGAUGCCACGAUGAAUGUAGUGUGGGGACAAAAUGCUGCAAACGGAGAACUGGGCCUGGGUCCGGAGAAGCCCCGCAGCGCUACCAAGCCGAUCAGAUGUGAGCCGCUGGACAAGGUGUCUAUCUUGGACAUAGCUGCAGGCCAAAAUACCACGUACUACAUUGCCCGCAAUCAAGGAGAAACGUACUCCGAGCUGCCGAGAUUUCCAGAAGUCGUGCCGUCCUCUGACCACUGUCUCAAAUGCUCGCGAGAAGAGUCUGCGCAAGGCAGCGAAGACGUGUUGCUGGAAUGCGAAAAGUGCGAGAACCCAUGGCACCUCAAGUGUCUUUCUCCGCCUUUGAGCUCCGUGCCUGAGGGCGAGUGGCACUGCCCCAGCUGCAUCGCGGAGGCCGGGAACGCAGGCGAUCUGGGCGCGGAGGGCGCCACGGAUGACAAGAAGGCCGUCAAGCGAGAUGCAGGCGAGGAGGAAGAUGACAGCCUACAAAGAGGGACACCCAGUAAGAGAGCACGAGGAGGCAAAGCGGGCAGAGGUGGCAAAAGAGGAAAGUGA